GGCUCAAAUCAACUUCUUCGAGUACACAGUAGAACAAAAAUGUUUCUAUCUACCUUAAGUCUUUCAAUCUCAAAACACUUAUAAGAAGAAAAAAAAAACAUACGAGAAAAUCACACUUUAUCAACAUAAGAUCCUGCAUUGCGCACUUCAAUACUCAAAAAAAAAACAUCACAAGUUAUUUUUCUCUGUAUAUUUACCUAUUCACAUUAAAUUCUGAAUUCUAAAAGAAAGUGCAACAGAAAUUAAAAACCGAAAAACAAAAAUAACCUUAAAUAUGACACAUAUUCAAAAACCGCAUACUUCCAGUUAUAGAAAUCUCUGUUGAUGCAGCAGUAAUAGUUUCUCUUAACCCCACCCGCCGGAAAACUGCAUCACAUCUCGGCGAACAGUAACCUUGGAACGGCCUUCAAAAUGAAAAUGUCACCCACAACAGGGGAGACGAUACGAGCAUGGCUUCUAUCGGCCCUCAUGGUGCAUGGAGCGGUGGCGGGGAAUCCCGAUGCAAAAAGGCUCUACGAUGACCUACUAAGUAAUUACAACAAAUUGGUGCGACCUGUGGUGAAUACAACGGAUGUCCUUAAAGUCUGCAUAAAGCUGAAAUUGUCACAGCUUAUCGAUGUGAAUCUAAAAAACCAAAUAAUGACAACGAAUCUCUGGGUGGAGCAGUCAUGGUAUGAUUACAAAUUAAGAUGGGAACCUAAGGAAUAUGGCGGUGUUCACAUGUUGCACGUACCCUCCGAUCACAUCUGGCGGCCAGAUAUCGUAUUAUACAACAAUGCCGAUGGUAACUUCGAAGUGACACUAGCAACAAAAGCAACUAUUUAUUCUGAAGGAUUAGUUGAGUGGAAACCGCCAGCUAUAUACAAAUCAUCAUGCGAAAUAGAUGUAGAAUAUUUCCCAUUUGACGAACAGACAUGUGUCCUGAAAUUUGGCAGUUGGACAUAUGACGGGUUCAAGGUGGAUUUGCGGCACAUGGACGAACAGCAAGGAAGCAAUAUUGUAGAUGUCGGAGUCGAUCUCUCUGAGUUUUAUAUGUCCGUCGAAUGGGAUAUCCUUGAAGUGCCAGCAGUGAGGAACGAGAAAUUCUACACAUGCUGUGAUGAGCCUUAUUUGGAUAUCACAUUCAACAUAACGAUGCGGAGGAAGACGCUCUUCUAUACGGUGAACAUAAUUAUUCCUUGCAUGGGUAUAUCAUUCCUGACGGUGUUAACAUUUUAUUUGCCAUCAGAUAGCGGAGAGAAGGUAACACUCUCCAUAUCAAUUCUUAUCAGUCUCCAUGUGUUCUUUUUGCUGGUUGUCGAAAUUAUUCCACCAACAUCUCUAGUUGUGCCUUUACUAGGGAAAUAUCUAAUAUUUGCUAUGAUAUUAGUUUCAAUAAGUAUAUGCGUCACCGUAGUCGUACUCAAUGUCCAUUUCCGAUCGCCGCAAACGCAUCGAAUGGCACCAUGGGUUAAACGAGUGUUCAUCAAUUUCCUGCCCAAAUUUUUAUUCAUCAAACGGCCAAAAUAUAACUUUGAAACAAGUAAAUUGCUGCUGAAAGACACCCACGCCUGCUUCUAUCCAUACUAUUCAACAACGAAUCUGGACCACAGUCCAACAGCCUACAGUCGAACGCCAUCAAAAGAGGAUUUGUCGCCAUCCAGCGUUGCUUUUUGCAGCUUAACUGGAACUGGACCGUUCGGCGGUAGUUGUCAAAUACAUGGGCCAAUUCCAACCCUGCCACAAUCUGGAUCGAAUGAUUUAUCUGCCGUUCCCGAUUUAGACAUGGGACCACCUACGGGCAUUAAGAGUCCCAUAAUCAAUAACCCAGCAUUCUCCCAUUCGAAGUGUCCACCGAGAGUGCAUCGAAGUUGUUUUUGUGUACGUUUUAUUGCGGAGCAUACAAAAAUGCAAGAGGACUCAACUAAGGUCAAAGAAGAUUGGAAAUACGUUGCCAUGGUCCUCGAUCGUUUAUUCUUAUGGAUAUUUACAUUAGCUGUUGUAGCAGGUACUGCUGGUAUUAUACUACAAGCACCAACUCUCUACGAUGAUCGAAUUCCUAUUAUCGAACAAAAGUCCAUUGAUUUUUCGGGAACAUCGGCUGGCCGUUGUCGUCCGCCCCAAUAGCAGUUUUACUGUACAAAAUUCGUAUUUUUAAUUCCUCCUAUAAUAUUAUGUGCAAUGGGAAUGAGUGCCUGUGUUUUAAUGUCUGAAAGUUAUUACGCGUUUGUUAAAAAAUAUCUAGAACGAUUUUUUGUUUAGGAGAACGACAGUGAAACUAGAAAAUAAAACAAAAACAAACAAAAAAUACGAGAACCAAAUACAAAACAAAAAAAAAUAUUUUAACAAAAAAUAAAAUAAAACAAAAAAAUUGAAAAAAAAAAUGAAAUUAAAAAAUUUUAAAAUCCAAAAAAAAAACAGAAACCAAGUAUGAAAGAUUAUUAUUUAAGAAGAAAAAAAAGAAAUUAUGUAAGAAGAUUAUACAUAUAUAUUCAUAAGCAGUUAAUUCAUAAUAAAUGAACAAAAACCAAAAACAUAAAAAACUAUAAACUUAAAAUAAGAAAAUACAUUUUAAAAACAAAAACUAGUUCAAUUAAAAAUUGAUUUUAAGAUGUUAGUUUCUCCUCCCACAACCACGCACAGAAAAAUUGUUUAUAUCAAAGUAGACAAAUCUCUUUCUAAACUAACUAAAAACAAAAUACUUCAUCUGUCUGUUUCAAUUCUUUCUAUUAUUAAUUUAUUCUUAAAAUAAAAUUUUGAAAAAAAAAAUUAUUAAUUUUGAUCAAAUUAAAGUUAAAACAAAUUAAAAAGAAAAACUAAAACAAAAAGUCCAGUUUCAUACCUUCGUGUAUAUUUCAUAAAAUUUCUCUUUCUAACUUAAAUAACAUUUAAAAAUCACUGUAAGAGCCAGCCCAAAGUUUUGAUACUCGAAUUAUCUUCUCACAACAAAUAUUUUUGUUUUGAAACAAACACUUUUUUUAGUUGAAACACUCUUGAGGCGUUUGGUGUAAAACUUUAC